AUGGUCUACCAUAAACCCCGAAAAUCUUGCCUCGACUGUCGUCGCAGGCAUCUUAAAUGUUCCCUUCCGGACGGUGUAGGCGGAUCUGCAAGCUGCGUGUGGUGUCAGGAGCAUGGGCUAGAAUGUGUGAAAGAUUGGGAAUCCUCCGAUUCAAAUAACCUUCGUUCACAAGCCCCGAAAGAUGGGGCAAUUAUUCUUAACGGCUCUAACUCGGCGUUUGGUGGCUUCCAGUUUUCCAAGGCCAGCCUUCUCCCGAGUGAUGGGCCGAGUGCAACUCGCGUUUUACGUCUGCGACAAGAAGUGGCUUCGCAACAUAAGUCUUCGACUUCGCUCUGGAUAGGCGGCGAUACUGAUGCCGACCAAGAAUUAAGGCUUGAUAAGCCUGUUAUUCAAUAUCUCAAAAAUCUGUAA